UGGGUUACAUUCACUCUCAUUCAGCCUUUUCAGUUGUCUUCUCCAUCUCUCUCUCUCAGCGCCGCUCUUUACUUAGCUCGUUCUUUUAUGGCGGCGGCUACCUCUUCAUUCUCUCUGGCUCUUUCUGAGCCUUCAUCAUUGUCGUCUUCUAAAACCCUUAAACCCGUCUCUAAAACCUUCAGUCUAGGUUUCGCGACGUCGGUUUCGAAGGGCCUGGGGGCUCUCAGAGCUAAAGCCCCUGGUUUUGUCGGCGCGUCUGCUCUCGGUGCCAAAAUGGUUUCGAUGCCAGCCAUAAAGCCCCUGACCUCGCUUGAUUUCGAGACCAAGGUCUUUAAGAAGGAGAAGGUCAACCUCGCUGGUCACGACGAGUAUAUUGUGAAAGGAGGGAGGGAUUUAUUCCCUUUGCUGCCGGAUGCGUUCAAGGGGAUUAAGCAGAUUGGUGUUAUUGGCUGGGGUUCCCAGGGACCCGCUCAAGCCCAGAAUUUAAGAGAUUCUCUUGCCGAAGUGAAAUCUGAUAUCGUGGUCAAGAUUGGACUUAGGAAAGGUUCCCGUUCCUUUGCUGAAGCUCGCUCAGCUGGUUUCACUGAAGAGAAUGGCACUCUAGGUGAUAUAUGGGAAACUGUCUCAGGCAGUGAUCUUGUGUUGCUAUUGAUAUCUGACUCUGCACAGGCUGAUAAUUAUGAAAAAGUAUUCUCCCACAUGAAGCCAAACAGUAUACUUGGGCUUUCCCAUGGUUUUCUUCUUGGCCAUUUGCAGUCAAUGGGACUGGAUUUCCCCAAAGACAUGAGUGUGAUUGCUGUGUGUCCCAAGGGAAUGGGUCCUUCUGUAAGGAGACUUUAUGUCCAAGGCAAAGAGAUAAAUGGUGCGGGGAUUAAUUCCAGUUUUGGAGUCCACCAGGAUGUUGAUGGUAGAGCCACAGAUGUUGCCCUAGGAUGGUCAGUUGCUCUUGGCUCUCCUUUCACAUUUGCCACAACACUAGAGCAGGAGUAUAAGAGUGACAUAUUUGGGGAACGUGGCAUUUUACUUGGUGCUGUUCAUGGAAUUGUGGAGUCCUUGUUUAGAAGGUAUACAGAAAAUGGAAUGAGUGAAGAUCUGGCAUACAAGAAUACUGUUGAGUGCAUCACAGGGAUAAUAUCAAAGACCAUCUCAACCAAGGGCAUGUUGGCUGUGUACAAUUCCUUGUCAGAAGAGGCCAAAAGGGAAUUUGAGACUGCAUAUAGUGCAUCAUAUUAUCCCUGCAUGGACAUCCUGUAUGAAUGCUAUGAAGAUGUGGCCAGUGGUAGUGAGAUCCGCAGUGUUGUCUUGGCUGGGCGUCGCUUUUAUGAGAAGGAUGGUCUACCAGCUUUCCCAAUGGGUAAAAUUGAUCAGACCCGGAUGUGGAAGGUUGGUGAACGUGUCCGAUCAGCUCGGCCGGCAGGAGACCUUGGCCCAUUAUAUCCUUUCACUGCUGGUGUUUAUGUGGCAUUAAUGAUGGCACAGAUUGAGAUAUUGAGGAAGAAAGGACACUCAUACUCCGAGAUCAUUAACGAAAGUGUGAUUGAGUCGGUUGAUUCCUUGAACCCCUUUAUGCAUGCACGUGGAGUUUCCUUUAUGGUUGAUAAUUGUUCAACAACAGCGCGAUUGGGAUCAAGAAAAUGGGCUCCACGUUUUGAUUACAUCGUCACUCAACAGGCUUUGGUUGCAGUGGACAAUGGUACACCCAUAAACCACGAUCUCAUCAGCAACUUCCUGUCAGACCCAGUGCAUGGAGCCAUUGAAGUAUGCGCCCAACUGAGACCUACAGUAGACAUUUCAGUGCCCCCAGAUGCAGACUUUGUCCGACCAGAAUUGCGCCAAUCUAGCAAUUAAAAGUGGGUACCUUGAGAUGGCAAGUAUAAUCUUCUUGAAGGGUGUUUCAGGGUGAAGAGUUGAAAAAAUUUAGGAGCGCACUGUGGGUUUUAUCAUCUAAUCUGGUUGGCUUAGUUAUUCUAUGUUAUAUUUAGAGCCACUAUAUGUUUAUUUUCCUCGACUGUUGAAGGAAUGAGACGUGGCACUGCAUGUUGCCUUAGUGGUGCGACUAAAUUAUUCUAGCCAUGUUGUUGGAGUUGGCUACGUUUGUUUUGAUUUGGUUCUAUGAAACAUGGUCUUGACUGUUUAGAAAGUUUUGCUGUUGGACAUGGUUCAAAUAAUUGCAUCGCUGUAUUAAAUGCUUUUUCUGGGUUUUGCCUCUUAA